CUGAUUUUGCUGCUUGUCUGGGCCUGGAGCUGAAACCCAGCUGAGGCCUAGAUGUCAUCUCCAGGGGUUAAUGCUUAGGGGAGUAGUCCUGCAAAGGCUUGUAGUUUUGCCCAUUGCGAGGUACCUGGGGCUCUUGUGAUGGUGACCCUCUGUACCUGGCCUGUUAUUCCCACUCUUCAUGCCUAACUACUUACUACUGAGGGAGGCAAACAAAGAAGAGUUUCAGACUAGAGCCUGAACCCAUUGAAGGUAUCAAGUACAUUUCCAAGAAAUGUGUGAAAUGCUAUGAUUGAUUUAGCUGACCGAAGAAAAAAGUAUCAAGCCUUCUUAGGGCAGCAUGUUUAGGAAGGUGUGUGGGAGCACAGAGUGGGAAGUCAAUAAAUAUGCCCAGUGAGAGAAGGAGGUUUGGAGUUAUACAUGCCAGGGAUUGCUGGUGCCAUUUGCUGAGAUAAAGACUCAGAAGGGGCAGGUUGUGGGAAGGAAGCGAUGAGUUCAGCUUGAGCCAUGCCAAGUCUGAGGUGCUUGUGGGACAUCCGUGCAGAGGCAAAGUGGUAGGUGGUUCUCUGAUCAAGAGGAGCUCAGGAGCCAGGCCUGAGCUAGACGCAAAUAGAUGUUCGAGAUGCGACCUGCAGGGCAUGUGGAGGGAGGGUAGGCUUUCAUAAAGAGGUUCCUUCCGACCUUUCUAAGGUUUUACCCUUACUUUCUCCUAGCACCCCUCACGAUCUGAAAUAGAAGCUCCCAGAUGUUCAGGUUCGGACAAUCUUCCAAUAGAAAACAUUCUUUUUUACUCACUACUUUUUUCUACCCUCAGCACUGGAGAAAACGCUGCUUGUCAUCCAAUGGGCCGCUGGGGCUUAAUUAUGAACGCCUCACCACGAAAAAUAACUCCCAAAGGCAGGGCAUGGCAGGUCAGGGCUGGAACAGCUGUGGCCCCACGCUAACCUCCUGCCUCUCCAAGUUGGUUCUCCAGACUUGGGCGGAGCCGCUGCCCCACCAAUGGCGCAGUGGGGCGGGGACGGCGCGGAGAAGGGUGGUCCGGCUGGUCCUGAAGCCUAGCAGGACGCCUGGCUCCGGCACAGGUAGCUGUCGCGGCCAUUUUGGUUGUGGGCUGGCGACCAAGCAACCUGGAGACCCUGGGCUGACAUCAUCUGGGCAAAACUACGUAGGUUCCAGGUUCGUGAGGCCGCGUUGCCGCCAUUUCUUAAGAAGAGGUCCUCCAGUCCCGAUUCUCUGUGUGCCUUCAGCAACCAGCUUCCAGCCACCUGCGUGGUCCUCGGGGAAGCCUCUGCCUGCUUCCCCGGCCUUACUGACAGCUCCCCGAAGCUGGGUCGCGCGGGCCGGGCCGGCGUUCCGAAGCACGUGAGGCCCGGCGGACCGAGGGACAGCGCUGGCCUGUCUCCGGGGCUGGCACUUCCCAUGGCGCCACCUCCGGCCCCCUUCUCCGCGCGUGAACCAGAGGGGGCCGCGCGCGAGGGGAGGAGCCGCAAGCCUGUGAGCUUCGCGGACGUGGCCGUGUACUUCUCCCCGGAGGAGUGGGGGUGUCUGCGCCCUGUGCAGAGGGCCCUGUACCGGGACGUGAUGCGGGAGACCUACGGCCACCUGGGCGCGCUCGGUGAGAGCCCCACUGUUCACUUGGGUGCACAUCCCCAUCCACCCUGCCCAGCCUUCGGGCUCUGCACGGGGAGUGUGACUUCUUCGGUCCCGGACGUCGGGACAGUCGGGACUGCGGGGUGGGCGGUGACCCCUCGGCAGCGUUUGUGUUCUUCUCCACCAGGAUUCCAAGACACCAAGCCGGCCCUCAUCUCCUGGAUGGAGGAAGAGGCUGAACUGUGGGGUUCAGAUGCCCGAGAUCCGGAGUUGGGAGAGUGUCUGUCAGAAGACACAGCAGGUUCCAGAAACAAGGAAGAGAAAGGACAAAGAGAAGGCACCGAGGCACUGGAGAAGAUCCUUUCUAUGGACACUUGGCCUCUUGGGCUGAAGGCUCUCAAACCCCUUUCUGCUGGGCUCCCUUAUAGUGUGGAACAAUCAUCCAAGGUGCCUCACCGGGGUCGCCCCCCACUGUUUGCCCAUCCCCCUGUUCCAAGGGCAGAUCAGCGUCAUGGUUGCUACCUAUGUGGGAAGAGUUUUGCCUGGCGCUCCACAUUGGUGGAGCACCUGUACACCCACACUGGUGAGAAGCCCUUCUCUUGUCCUGACUGUGGCAAGGGCUUUGGCCAAGCCUCCUCUCUGAGCAAGCACCGGGCCAUUCACCGUGGGGAGCGGCCUCACCGCUGCCCUGACUGUGGCCGGGCGUUCACCCAGCGCUCUGCCCUUAUCACCCACCUACGGGUCCACACGGGUGAGAAGCCAUACCGCUGUGCUGACUGCGGCCACUGCUUCAGCCAGAGCUCUGCCCUCUACCAGCAUCAGCGGGUACACAGUGGCGAAACCCCCUUCCCCUGCCCAGACUGUGGCCGUGCCUUUGCCCAUGCCUCCGACCUUCGGCGCCAUGGGCGCACCCAUACAGGCGAGAAGCCCUACCCGUGCCCAGACUGUGGGCGCUGCUUCCGACAGAGCUCCGAAAUGGCAGCCCACCGGCGCACCCACAGUGGGGAACGCCCCUACCCCUGUCCUCAGUGUGGCAGGUGCUUUGCCCAGAAGUCAGCCAUGGCCAAACACCAGUGGGUCCAUAGGCCUGGUGCUGGGAGACGCAGGGGUCAGGGUACGAGUGGGUUGCCUGUACCUCUAUCCCCUGGGCGAGGGAACCUAGACCCACCUGUGGGCUUCCAGCACUACCCAGAGAUAUUCCAGGAAUGUGGGUGAUAGCCUCAAAGGUGAAAAGAGAAAGCGUGAGGACCUGAACAUUUCCUGAGGCCCAAGCUGGAAUAGGUAUUCAACUUCUGGGAAGUCCAGGGAGGUCAUAGAAUUCCUUGUAAGAGCUGGACCUGGGGGGGUGAGAACCAUCUUAUUUUAGGCCCUCACCAGCUUGAUGUGCUGACACCUCAUUCUUUACUGUCCUAGACUCUAGAAGUCCCCUUUACUGAGUUAGGGCUGGGCUGAGAACCCCCCAGUAGGCCUCCGUUGUGGGAAGAAAAGGCUGUCAGCUUCCAUGUGUUAAGAGGAUUGAGGUAGAAGGAAACCUUGUUUUACCCAUUGUUUUUUUUACUGCAGGGGUUAAUAACUGAUGGCCAUGUACUGAAUCUGGCCUAUAGCUGUCUUUUUAUUUAUUUAUUUUUUUGGUUGAGUCAGAAUUUUAAAAAGUUAUAAAUUACUGGUUAAGCUCUCAUACAAAAAUCCAGGUUUCUGACUUCUGAGAAGUUCAAAAGAUUUGGCAGCUCUCUCUAAGCUCCCACAAAACCACAGUUGGUGGAGCUGGGGGCAGCUGUCCCCUUUGCUUAGCAAGCUCACUGCUCCACAUCAGCUCCUGACCAGCAUCAGCUGGCACUCGUGGUCUGACCAUGUCUCUGGCAAAGCAGGCCCUCUUCAUCUGGUAUUUCUGCUCUUUUACAGGACCUUUUGGGCUCCUGUGGUCACUGGAGUUUGCAAACCACUGCAUAUAGCAUUCAAGUUUUCCCAAAUCAGGGAUUCAGGUAGAGAGCGUAUAUGUGAAAGGGUGGCAAGAACAAAGUAAAAGGCUUUAUUUUAGAGCUUGCUCGCAUUGUAUUUUAUUGUUAACAAAGUACUGUCUUGUCCAUAAACUCAUUUCACCCUCAUAACUGCCCGAGUAGGGGAGCAUCUUGCUUGGAAGAGGCAGUCACACGGAAUCUUUUCCCCCAAACCAGUGGCAUCUCUGCUGUAUCACAGCACUGCUUUCAGCUGGCCAGCAGUUCCUGGGUCUAAAGGAGAAGGCCCUGAGAGCACCCUGCAGCCCUCUUUGGGCCUCCCUGGGAGAGCCCUAUGGCUCAGGCCUUAUCUACCCUAGACCCAGUCAGCAGGGCCAGCCUCAUCACAUUGGAGAACUGGAAGGGAUCUGAACUUUUGCAGUUGGGGACACUGAAACUGGGGAAGGCUAAGCAACCUGUCCAAGGUCACACGCACGGAUGGUAAGGUCUUGGUUUACUGCUCUCUUUACCACACCAUUCGUGAAUUUCUUGCCAGUGUCUCAGCCAGGAUUCUGGAGGCAUCUGCCAUUCCCUAUGAGGGCACCCAGGUACUGACCAGAACUGGGGACUGACCAGCCCAGGGUCAGUGAAGCCCAGGUGUAAGAUAAGUGACAAAACAGCCACAUGGCAGACCAAGGCAAGGCAGCAACCAACCUGAGAGUUCAGGGCAAAUGAGCAAAGCCUGAUCUUCACUCUCUUCAGGUGCCCACCAUUGUGAACUGAGGAACUAGCCCAGGAACACUGGGAUUAGUAGCCAGAGGGAACUGUACUCAUCUGUAUUCCCAAGCUCUGUACACAUUCUUUCCCCUCUCACCAUGUGAGUACAUUAUACAGCUAUUAUGAUUUCCUUUGUGGUUAGAGCCCAACCUUGUCCAGGUGAUGGAAGCAGCCAGCCCUGGGCAGACCCUGUCCUGCCUCUGGUCAGGAUGCCCCUUGACUUGAGGAGUAGCAGAGGAUGUGUCCUCUGCAGGCCUGUGUGCACUUGCCUUCUUUACUGAACUCAGCCUCUUGUCUGGCCUACCUUAGGGAGGAAGAAACCAGAUUUGUCAACCUGGAGAAACUUCUAAAGAAAAAGGUAGAAGAUUCGGGGAAAAGACACUGUUCAGGUGAAGUAAUGAACUGAGUUGAUUCCCCAUCCUAAACUUUUCUGGGAGGAUUGGCUUGUGUGCCACCAAGUGGGACAUGGUGAGAGAGGAGGCACAUUGGUAGUAUGAACUACCUAUGUACCAGCUUUUAAUUCUCUAGAGAAGCCAGUGUACAACCCUUCCCAUCCUCUAACUCUCAGGACUGUCUGGGGAAAGCCCAGCUUGAAAUGCUAGUUUUCAGCUCAGACUCAAAGCCAGAUCUGGAUCCUACCCUCAGCUUGCCAAUUAAAGGUGCUAUAAUUACUA